CUUCUCACAGCCGCCACCUCCUCCUCCUCCUCUUCUUGUUGUUGUCGUGUGGUCUUAGCGGAGCACGAAGCGGGCACCGAUCGGCAGAGCAAUGGCGUCGAGCGGGUUGAGGAGCUGCAGCGCGGUGGGCGUGCCCAGCCUGCUGGCUCCGUCGUCGGGGCGGUCCCGGUUCUGUGUGGCCUCCGCCACCACCACCUCCGGCCGCGUCACCAUGUCCGCCGAGUGGUUCCCCGGCCAGCCGCGCCCCGCCCACCUCGACGGCUCCUCGCCAGGCGACUUCGGUUUCGACCCUCUUGGCCUCGCCACCGUCCCGGAGAACUUCGAGCGGUUCAAGGAGUCGGAGAUCUACCACUGCCGGUGGGCGAUGCUGGCGGUGCCCGGCGUGCUCAUCCCUGAAGCCCUGGGCCUGGGCAACUGGGUCAAGGCGCAGGAGUGGGCGGCCAUCCCCGGCGGGCAGGCGACGUACCUGGGCAACGCCGUGCCGUGGGGCAACCUCCCCACCAUCCUGGCCAUCGAGUUCCUGGCCAUCGCCUUCGCGGAGCAGCAGCGCACCAUGGAGAAGGACCCCGAGAAGAAGAAGUACCCCGGCGGCGCCUUCGACCCGCUCGGCUUCUCCAAGGACCCCGUCAAGUUCGAGGAGCUCAAGCUCAAGGAGAUCAAGAACGGUCGGCUGGCUAUGUUGGCGUUCGUGGGCUUCGUCGUGCAGCAGUCGGCGUACCCGGGCACCGGACCGCUGGAGAACCUCGGCUCGCACCUCGCCGACCCCUGGCACAACAACAUCGGCGACAUCGUCAUCCCCAGGAACAUCUACAGCCCUUGAUGACGAGUCCCACCCGAGGAGCUGCACGCAUGGUUUUCAUGCAUGUACUGUCUGAAUGGAUUCAUUCAGAGGAACUGCUGAUGUACAACAACGUCGGCCACAUCUCUGCCCGGCAAAUACACCUUUGUAAUGUAAUGUGUAAAGUUUCAUCCAGUAGCGCCUACUGUUAAUUGUGAACGCAUCGAUCAAUAUAUAGCUGGCUCUCUGUACCAAAA